AUCAUCGACCCCAAGAUGCCACGAGUACCUGGGCACCACAACGGCGUCACCAUCCCAGCCCCGCCCCUGGACGUGCUCAAGAUCGGAGAGCACAUGCAGACCAAGUCCGACGAGAAGCUGUUCCUCGUUCUGUUUUUUGAUAACAAGAGAAGCUGGCAAUGGCUUCCCAAGUCCAAAAUGGUUCCCCUGGGUAUUGAUGAGACGAUAGACAAGUUAAAGAUGAUGGAGGGGAGGAACUCCAGCAUCCGGAAGGCCGUGCGCGUCGCCUUCGACCGUGCCAUGAAUCACCUGAGCCGCGUCCACGGGGAGCCGGCCAGCGACCUCAGCGACAUCGACUGACGCGGCUCCGGGAGGCGGCCCCGGGCCUCGGGUCCUGUCCAUAGUGUGGAUAGCUGUACAUGUCUGUAUAUUGUUCAAAACUUAACUUAUUCUGAUUUUUAGUCGUAGCUUUCAUUCUUUUUCCCCGGGG